CAUUUUCGCACACUCAAUAUAAUAUUUUAGUCAGUACAGCCUGUCAAUGUUACAGCACCGAAAAAUCUUUGUAUUCGAAGAAAUAUUUGAUGGAUACUUUUAACAACUGUCGAAAUGAUGAAAAGAACCCUUAAGGGGGUGUUAGAAAACCUGCGGUCGACUGUCGGGGCACAGCAGAAGCCGGAAACAGAGAUUGAAGAAACACUCAGAUCUGAUAAUUUCAGUGUUUGCAAGACUGUGCGACAUGGCUUUCCAUACCAGCCCACUGCCCUAGCCUAUGAUCCUGUUCAGCAUCUAUUGGCCAUUGGAACCAAGAACGGCUCACUGAGAAUGUAUCCUUUGUAUUGCUGUUUAUGACAUUU